ACAAAGUUUUAUUUCCCAGACAGUUCUCCGUGAUGCUUCAUCCUCCCUUGUACAUAAAACAUAUUUUGCUUUGCAAGAAAUGCUUUGCACAUAUUUUUUUGUCAAGAAUGUUCUGAGCGGCACUUCACACCAGAUAAAUUGUCAGUCAAAUGACUCCUUAGAAGCGUAUGUCUCCCGAUUAGCUGAAAUUAUUGUAGCAUCUUUCAUCAGAUCUUUAGCGAGGAUUUAAAAGCUUGGUUAUCUAUCGAAAAAAAGGGUUUUUAUUUUAGCGUAGGUAAUAAAGGGUAAAUAUUCGCAUUUCUUACCUUUCCAUUGCGCCUAGCCGAGAUCAUAUUUAUAAAGAAUUUUUGGCUGGGAUAGCUUAAAUACCAUCGAUUUUACCUCCCGACUCGAGGAAAUUUUACAGAUCCAAAAAUUCGAGUUAUUUUUACCCUUGCUAUUUUUUAUGAUCACCCCACUCAUAGACAUAAAUACACUGAGAUAUACGUGCGCUCAAUGCACAUUCUACCGCUAGUAAAAAUAUUUACGCAGAGAAACUGUUAUUGCUUGAAAUUUACAAAAGAUUCGCUCCCCACUGUUAAUCAGAAGAGCGUAACUUCACUUCCGGUGAGCUGUUUCAUGUGUUGAAAUUACAUUAGUAGCCUUUUGGUAAUUUAUUGCUUGGUGAUGUUAUUCUUUUUCAAGUUUACCGGUCUUUCAAUACUGGCUCACAAAUUGACGCCGCGCUCAACAAAGUGGAAUGCUGAAGCCAAAGUGUGUAUUGGGUAUAAAUAGCGUCUUCCGGUAUGUACGUACCCAAGCAAUUACUCAAAUUUCCGUCAAUGCCUUAUAAAAACAGUUACGCUUGGUCAAUAAGUAGGUCAUAUCUGUAUGCAGAUAACUUAAGGGCAACACUAAACCUCGCAACGGCUCAAGUACAGUGUAAAUCAUCAACAGCAUCGAACAGUUCAAAAUCAAUACCACUGUGUCACUUCCCCUGGGACUUGCUCGUCUUCUGCAGCGAUGAGACUGUGCGCGAUUGUUGUUCUGUGCAUUGAAGUCUUCGCGGGUCUUCGCGUCACAGGGAAUAUAUGUAACGAUAAAAAGUGUUCUUCCAUUUCUCAGAACGGUUCUGAGAAAGACGGAAAGGGCAGCGACGACAAAUUUACCUGCUGUGCCUGUGGAGGAGCAAGCUACGACAUCACAUUUACUGGUAAAUGGACAAAAUCUACAUAUCCUCGGCAUUUUCCUGGGCGAAUGGCGCGCUGGUCACCUUUAAUUGGUUCCUCACACAGUAAGGACUACAUCGUAUGGCAAUACGGGGGGAUGGCAUCCCCCGGGGUUACAAGGGUUAGUGAAUGGGGAGCCGUCGAGAAGCUAAAAAAGGAGAUGGAAAAUCAAGGAGACAAAGUGCUCAGCAUAAUCAAGACGUCCAUGUUAUAUAGAGGUGUCGGCAAGGUUUCAACCACAUUUAAAGCGGACAACAGACGUAACCUGGUCUCAGCUCUGGCAAAGAUGUUUCCAAGUCCUGAUUGGAACGUUGGCGUUGACCGAAUAAACCUGUGUGAUGGGAAUUGUACGUGGAAAAAAACUAUUAUCAGGAAACUUUAUCCGUGGGAUGCUGGUACCGAUGACGGGAUAACCUUCAAGUCAGCGAACAUUAAAUCUGUUCCCCAGAAGCCAAUAAGAAACAUUACGACAAAUACACAUAAAAUGGGAUCGUUCCCUGGUCAGGAAAACCGUGGCGUCGCGAAAGCGUUCGGUCAGAUCAAAAUACAGCUCAUGCACACUUACGGAGAAUGCAAGGGAAACUAAGGACGUCCUCCUUUCCCUGAGAAAUCGCCAAAAGUUCAUUGUAAAGUUUCUCGCUGGUCGUCGUGGAGACCAUGCUCGGUCACUUGUGGUAUUGGAGUUCAGCUUAGGGGUCGCG